UUACAUAACCUAUUAUGUUUUAAAUAAUGAGACGACAUGGUAUCGUGACGACACAUUUAAAUUCGUACAACUAAUUGUUGUAUUUGAAAGCUCUACUAAAUAAAUUUAUCAUGAAUUCUCAACAAAUAAUUCAACUUCCUCAUCGACUCAGAACAGCUUUUGGAUUGUUUACGUCGAGAUUUAAUGAAAUCGGCAAUAAAAUUAAAAACUAUGAAAUUCCUGAAAGAGUUAAAGGCACUUUUCUCGAACGCUUGGCGAAAUAUUGGCACAGUCUGUAUAUAGAUUAUAAGGAUGUUGCAAUUGAUGUAGUUAAAGAUUGCAGAGAACGUCCUGUCCGUGCCACAAUAUAUACUACACUUUUAGGAGGCUGUUUUUAUUUUAGUCGACUCAAUCCAGACGAAACUCUAUUCAGAGAACAAUUGAUAGAAAGUACUAUGAAAUUAAUACUAGUGGGAGAAUCCAUACGCAAUCCUGUUUCAGUUCAGCAUAUAAAAUGGUUGGAGCAAUGUUAUAAUGAAGGACUCAUCAGAAGAUUAAACUUGGGUAUCUUGUCUCUGAUCUGGAUAGAUAAUUAUGACAAAGAUUGUUCAUUUUACAAGGCUGUUUGCCCUUAUCUAAAACCACGAUUUGUAACCUUUCAUGAAAGGAUAGUGGAUGUAGGAUUUCUAGGCAAAUGGUGGAUAUUAGAAAGAAAAAUGAAUGAUUAUGAUAUAAAUGAGGCUGAAUUUAGUAUUGUACAAAAUGCAAAUAAUAUAGACGCUAUUUCAGCGACAUGAUAAA